AUGCCAUCGCCCAAGAUUGCAAGUCGCCUAGAAUCUGAGCAAAUGGAGUGUCAUGCAGUCGCCCAGAGCUAUCACUCUAUUUUCGCCAAAACCUUCAAGUCGCCCAAAGGAAUAAAUACAACGUCCCCCAGCUACAACGAGAGCAAGGAACGAAAUGAUUCUCAACAUGCUGCUGGAACCAAGUUUACCUGUUUCCACCCUAUUGUGCAGAGUUCUGAGGAUGCAAUUUUUCUACAAAAAGCACUGUAUGAUGCAGUGAUAUUGAUUGACCAUUCGUAUCUGCAACCGCAUACAUGUAUUCAGUCAGUAGAUGGCUACUCGAGAAACUUGGCUCUGGUAUGGUCAAUAGUUGCAGACAAUGCCAUAUGUUUGGCGAGGGCAACUUGUGAUCAAGCCAGGGCCAUUUCUUAUGUAAAUGCUUUCUCCGGUUCUUGGUUAGUGACAGAGCUAAUCAAGCGGAUAACAGUCCAAGCUGGAAUGCAGGAGGAAAACAGUAGACCAAGCACUCCAAAAGCUCUUAUCAAGUGGCUUUUUGUCCUUGAAGAUCAAGGGUUUAAAGUAUUUGAUCAUAAGACAUCAUCACUCCGUACCAGAGCGGUAACAUGCAGCACAAGAAUGGACGGUGAGUUCCCUGAAAUCAAGCCCGAUGAAAAGAACCUGAAGCAGAAUAUGUUAGUAUACCCUGAAAAUGUAUGCAAUAAGGAUAAAAAAAUGGAUGGUUUGUCGAACAAAGGAUUACUAGCUUCUGUCUGCACAAGGAACCCAAGGAUUGAUGGGUGUAGAAAACGGAAAGAUGGAUUAAAUGACACACGAGAAUCAAGAGUGAAGCAUGUGAAGUACGAUUUUCUUGGAAGUUCUUUUUCGGAGAAACUUAUGCCCUUUUCGAACGAUGAUAGAAUGUAUUGUGGCAAUGAGGUUAAGAACUUAGCAUCUGAUGAUGAUAUGGAAGUGUUAGGAUGAACAAUUUACUUCAAUUUGCAGCUGAGAUUCUUGGCUUUUGCCAAAUUUUCCUAAUAUGUAAUACACAAUAUGUCAUUGUACCCAAGAGUUUAACUUCAUUGAACAAUAUGAAAAAACAUCUUCAGAAAAUUUGUAAAAUGCACUUGGAUGCUGCUAUAGUUGCUACAGUGUUAUUUGCUACAGUUGUUAGUAGA